AUGGACGCGACCUCCAUACUACACAGUGGAUACUUCCAUCCGACUCUCCGAGCCUGGCAGACAUCAGCCACCAGCCUACAUGCCCACAAUUUCAUGUACCCCAUCUUCAUCACGGAUGACCCAGAUGGUGUUGAAGUGAUUGCCAGUCUCCCAGGACAAGCACGGUACGGAGUGAACAAAAUGGAAGCCAUGCUGCGCCCUCUGGUGGAUGAUGGCCUGAAGUGCAUCCUGAUCUUUGGUGUCCCCAGCAGAAUCACAAAGGAUGACCGGGGCUCUGCAGCUGACUCAGAUGACACUCCUGCUAUUCUGGCCAUCCGGAAGAUUCGUUCUGUUUUCCCAGAUUUACUGAUCGCUUGUGAUGUGUGUUUGUGUCCAUACACCUCCCAUGGGCACUGUGGAAUCCUGCGGGAAGAUGGCAGCAUUCAGAAUGAGACCAGUUGUCAGCGGCUGGCAGAAGUGGCUCUGGCUUACGCUCGUGCAGGAUGUCACAUUGUGGCACCCUCUGAUAUGAUGGAUGGCCGGAUUGGUGCAAUUAAGAAGGCUUUAAUAUCCAAUGAUCUGGGAAACAAGGUUUCAGUCUUGAGUUACAGUGCCAAAUUUGCCUCCUGUUUCUAUGGCCCAUUCAGAGAUGCAGCCCAAUCUAAACCUGCUUUUGGUGACCGCAAAUGUUACCAGCUGCCUCCUGGAGCAAGAGGACUGGCCAGCAGGGCGGUGGACCGUGACGUACGUGAAGGAGCAGACAUGUUAAUGGUGAAGCCAGGAAUGCCAUAUCUAGAUCUGGUGAAAGAAGUGAAGGACAAGCACCCUGACCUCCCGCUGGCUGUGUAUCAUGUAUCCGGGGAAUACGCCAUGCUUUGGCAUGGCGCAAAGGCUGGGGCUUUUGACCUGAAGGUGGCAGUAUUGGAAGCUAUGACCGGAUUCCGCAGAGCAGGUGCAGACAUCAUCAUCACAUAUUAUGUUCCUCAGCUUCUCAAAUGGAUAAAGGAGUUGUGA